UUUUCCCUGCAGUGUAAUUACAUUUUUUUUUUUUUGACAAUAGAUACACCUUGUACAUCACCCUUAUGACACUAGUGUGAUGCUCAGCAAAGACCAACAGCACGGUGAGCCAUGUCCUGUUCAGCCUCCCAGUGGACUCCUCAGCGUCCAAUUCUCUUCGGCAGCCUUUUGGCGUUUUGCUUCAUCUGCCUUUUCAUCUCGUACAAGGCUGACGUCGCCUACCCCGAUUUUGGAAGAGUUGGUCAGUUUUGUCCUGCCUUCCUGUGUGCAGAGAGAGCACAGAGCCAUGACUCAAUACCUAGCAACUCCACAGAGCUCCUCAAUAAAUCACAUUCAGGUCCGACCGAGAAGCUCCAGGCGGCAGCAGUGGACGCUGAGCCCGACACAGUUGUGCUGGUCUGGAUGUGGCCGUUUGGCUUCAAAUUUGAACUCAACUGCGACAUUUUCAAUUUCACAAGAUGCCACUUAACAGAUGACAAGGAACUUUACCAUAAGGCCCACGGGGUGGUCUUCCACCACAGGGAUAUACAUGGAAAUUUAGAAAACAUGCCCAAAGGGCCACGCCCCGUUUUUCAGAAAUGGGUUUGGUCAAAUAUGGAGUCGCCCACCAACUCAGGUAAAAUCACUGGACUGAAUGAGCUUUUCAACUUGACAUGCAACUAUCGGCGUGAUUCAAGUAUCCCAGUGCCUUAUGGGUAUCUGUAUCCCGUGACCUCUGCAGAGGAGAGUUUCAAAUUGCCAGCAAAGGACAAGUUGGUGUGUUGGAUUGUGAGCAACUGGAGCCCGAAUAUGAAGAGAGUUCAGUACUACAAUGAACUGAAGAAACACGUAACGAUUCAUGCUUAUGGGAGAGCCUUUGAAAAACCUAUUGGUAAUGAAGACUUUGUAAAAAUUAUUUCUGCUUGUAAAUUCUACCUCUCCUUUGAGAACUCCUUCCACAGAGAUUACAUCACAGAGAAGUUCUUUAAUCCUUUGACUUGGGGAAGUGUUCCGGUAGUUAUGGGCCCGCCAAGACACACGUAUGAGGGCCACGCCCCAGCUGAGUCUUUCAUUCAUGUCGAUGACUUUCCUUCUCCAAAGGAGUUGGCAGAGCGGCUACUUUACCUUGACCAAAAUCACACCGAGUACAUGCGGUUCUUCAACUGGAGAAGCACGUUUAAAGUUAAAGGCGCUCUGUUUGGAAGAGAAAUUGCCUGUAAAACAUGUCGAUACUUACAAAACCACAAGGAGUACCAAGCUUUUAAUGAUCUGAACACUUGGUACUGGGGCUAAGAGGGUGUGAACGCUUCAUUCAAAAUAUUACACUCUGUAUUUAACUUUAUUUGUUGCUAAUAAAGUGUCCAAAUAGAGACAGAGGGUCAGAAGUGAUAGUAAGGGUGAGUUCUGUUGUGCAUGUUGUUCAAAGAAUGUUCUUAGAAACAAAUAAAUUACAUUUUAGUAAGUAACACAAAAGCUCUUUUCAAUGUUUUUUCAUUGGUUUUAUUUAAAAUGCUUUUUGCAUUCUUUGCCAUGGUUGCUGUCUCAAUAAUACAACGAGGUGGAUAGAGUUCAGGUACUGCAAUUAAAGGCACUAAACAUUAACAUUAACUACUCGAUGCAUUUCUCAAAAGCUGUGUCCAACACGAAAUGCUAACUGUUAUAUACUAUGAUUUGUUUUUUUGGUCAAUAUGUCCCUUGUCCUAAUGUGUUUCUCUGCUUCUUUCAAACCAGACCAAAGAGAAGCAAUGGACUAACCCCAAUAGUUUUCUUCUUUUUUGUAACGUAUACUCAUUCAUUUUUGUGGGGUGAUUAUAUAUAUAUAUA